AUGGAGUCACUCCUCAGCAGGCCAGGCUUGGUCCUGUUUGUGGCGGAGCGGCCGUCAGAUCCUGUCCCAGCUGAGGGAGGCCACCCAGUCCCACCAGGUGGACAUCCAGGGGUCAACGCCCAUAAGCCAUGCUAUUUCAGUAGCUCCACCGCCAGGCCUGGAUCCUCACCACGGAAAGUGUACUCUCCUCGAAGGGUGGUGUCCUCCCCCAGGAAGUCCCCCCGUGGAGCCACGAGGGGAGGCCUGGCCCCCACCUCCCUGGCCAACUUCUUCAAAAUGGGCCGACCUGGUCCCACCAACAAGGAACCUGCCAGUGCCAGCCAAGACCAGAAGCAACCAACCGCUGUUCCCAAGAAGACCAGUAAAGCCAAGGAGAGUUCCAGUAAGACUGAAGAGCCACAGAACAGACCAGCAGCAGCAGCCAUCACCAAGGACUCCUCCAGUGAAGAGCAGAGCAAGAAGACGGCCACGUCACUCAUUCUCUUUGAGGAGGUGGAUGUCGUCUUUGAUGACGACUCUGGGUUCCUGGCUGCCAUCAAAACGUUCAUGACCACCACCAAGAGACCGGUGAUCCUCACCACCAGUGAUCCCACCUUCAGUACCAUGUUUGAUGGCAACUUUGAGGAGAUACAUUUCAAAACCCCCUCAGUGGUGAAGGUGGGGAGCUACCUGCAGCUGCUGUGCCUGGCUGAGAACAUGCGUACGGACGCCCGCGACGUCUCCUCUCUGCUCCACCUGAACGGUUGUGACAUCCGCCAGAGCCUUCUGCACCUGCAGUUCUGGAGCCGUUCCACAGGGGGGCGGAAGCUAUCCCGUCCCCUCCCAGACUCAUCCCUCACAGUGACACAACUCCAGUCAAAGACAGAGGAAACUGCAGGUGGCUCUGUGGUGAGUGAGGGGGUGACUCCAGCAGGACCCCUGCCCCCCUGUGACACCGGCUGCACAGAGAGCAUGCUGGGACUGCUGAACAUGGAGCCAGAGAGGGAAAUGCAGGAUCUGUUCAAGAGCCAGUCCACAGUGGAGCCAGGUUGCUGGGAGCUGCUGACCACCAGCAAGAGGAGAGGAAUGGACCUGCUCUACUCCAACAUGGAGGCCCUGCUUCCCCUACCCACCACACACCUCACUGUCACAACCCACAGGCGGACACAGGAAGAGUCCAGCGCUGAUCCACAGGAAGUAGCCACUAGUAUGAAUAGUAUAAAGCCAGAGAUUGAUCCACCACUACCACCUCAGACUGAGGUUGAUCCACUGCCCCACCCCAGGCUCCAGCAGGUGGCAGAGGGGUCAGAGACAGACGGGAGCCCGGUGAAGGUGUCCUCUAGAAUGAAGAAGAAGAAGCAGCUGGGUACCCGAGAGGACCUGGACCCCUUUCACUCAGACUCUGAUUCCGACGACGCCUUCCUCUCCCUCCACACUAAACCACCUGCCAACCCCCCUCAGACACAGACGGAAGGGGAGGACAGUCAGGACGAUUCUACCAGCAACAAGGUUGAACUAGAAUCUGUGAAGGCCAGAGAGGAAGAGGUAAAGGAGAAGGCCCCUCCCCCUGUGAGGAUUAGGGUGCCGCUCACCCCGGAGCAGAGGAUGAAGAGUGAGCCUGUGUCCCACUGCCUGGGCUCCCUGGCAGAGUUCCUCGACCACAUGUCCCUCCUGGACUCCUCCCUUUGCCACCACACCUCACCUGUAGGUGGUGCCAGAAACACACACAGGACAUUCGGCCUGAGAGCCGAGACUAAAGACGGGAUGAAUGACGAGCCCAGGGAGGAGUGCCAUGGAGGGAGCUGGGUAGAGGAGGAGAGAGCGGGGGAGAUCCAGGCUGCUGUGGAGGCUCUGAGCUUCCAGAGGUGCAGGGCUGGGGUGGAGGAGGCGUGGGGUACAGCUCAGGGUCUAGAGGGGGAACUGGGGAACGAGGCUGUGAACGAGCUCACACUCCCUGUGGCCCCGCACAGACAGGGCUUCAGACUCACCCAGGACAGCCCCUGUGAACCAAAAGUUCUCCAGAAGAGGAGGGAUGUGAUGGACAUUCUACCCAGCCGAGUGGCAGGGACGCUGGGUAACAGACCUGCUGCAGCCCUGGACUUCCUUCCCUUCCUACGGACCAUCUGCCGAUCAGAGACGCUCAAGGAGCAGUUCAAGGUUAAACGCAGGUUCCUCCACUACCUGGAUGCCAUUCACCUGGGCCUUCCCAAGGACACUCUGCAAUACCUAGCAAAGGACUUCCCUUGAACUAGAGAGAAGUGCACUGGUGUUUCUCAAAUAGGGGGUUUAAGGACAUUCAGGUCACCCAUUUUGAGGCUUGAUGACAGUAUGAAAGCAAUCAUUAGCUGGGUUAAUGUGAUCCUAACUUGAGUCAUAUUCAUUAGGUACCAAAUGGAAGAAAUCUGACACAAGGAGGGAGGGACUGACUACCUAAGCUUGUUGAAUUAGAAGGCUAGUUUUCGUUCUUAUCCCAUUGCAAAACGUUUUGCUACGGUGUACCCUAAUGAAUACGACCCCUCAAUUGCUACUAAAAGUCAAUGACCAGAAAUCUGCGGAUCAAUUUCCUCUUGGGACCUGGAGUGAGGUUCAUCAUAGAUCCCUUUAAAGAGUGCUGAAACACUAUUCACCUCUUCAAUAUGCAUUUGUACUGUAAUAUAAAAAUGGGAGUGUGUAAAUGUGUAUCAGUAAAAAAAAAUUAUAGUUGUGGCUUUUACGAAGAUGUGCCUGUUUUUGUAUUCUGCUGUGCAUUUGGCAAAGUGUUUCAUGAACUAAUAAAUUCAAAUGUUAUAUUCUGAGAGAUAAUUUGUAAGAUUUGAAUAACAUACUUGUAGAAAUUGUCAGUUUAAAAGGCUGUGUUUUUGUUGUCAAACUACACAAUAUUAACACAAUCAUGUUCAAGCACUUCAUAUCACUUUUUUACUGUUCAUAUAAUAUAAACCCCACACACUUUUCUAGUCCAGUGUGUUAUUCUCUCGUGAAUUACAAUGGCUUCAUUAUCUAAUUGCAGGGAAGGAUCAGUGAUGUGUAUAUGUAAAUCAUUGGGUAGGAUGUCUUUUUAAACUAACCAAGUCGGGUUAGAUUGAGCACAACACAAUCUAAUGUAACAGAAGUGAUUAUGAAAUGUUUUUGUAUUGUUUACAUCUUUUGGUAAAUUAAUGUAAUAAAAAAGGACACGUGUAACAAGACGCAGCGUAUCAAACA